AUGAGUCUGUAUCGUUCUGCUGCACUCUCGAGUCGAAUCAAAAAGUCUACCCCAUCAUUGAAGCGAAGUUCAUCCUCCCCCUUCUCUUCCCUGCCCAAAAGAAAACCUCUACGACGAUCCAAAUCGAAAGUAGACCGUGAUGAUGAUGAAGAAGAAGAAGAGGAGGAGGAGGACUUUUUUGAUGAUAAGCUUGACGAUGUAGGUCUGGUCAAAGCUCUUGCAACCGAUCUCACCUUACGGGAUGUUGCGCAAGCUAUUCAACAUAUCAAGGGUAGGAUGUGGAAUCAUAUGCCAGUGCAGAGGAGUGGUAUGAAUUCAACACGAAUCGCGGAGGUCCUCAACUACCGGGACUCGUUACCAAAUGUUGUCACUGUCUCACAUGUUCAAGCUUUACUAAACUCUCCCACUGCUGUUGAACGGGAGAUUGUAGAAUUAGUACAUGGAGGGGCGAUAAGAAAAGUUGUUGUCGGCGGGAGAGGAAGCCUUGGGGAACUUUUGAUAUUGGUGAAGGAUUUAGAGAUCAUGAUAGGGAGAAGCAACCUCAAGGCUUCUUCAAAAAAGGACUUGAAGAAGCUACUAUGUGAAAACCCUACCGCGCUGAAGUUUCCUAGAUCCCAGUUCACGGAAGAAAGCGCUCACGAAUUUAUACAUGCUGGAUUCCUUACCUCGUCAACGACCAAUUAUACAGUCACAGACCAUUUCUCGAGGCCAGGUGACGGUUCAAAAGGAACCCUCACUUCGCUAGACAGUAUUUCAAGGGCAGGUUCUGGAUCUCUAGCUGCCGUUGGUGGUGAAGGGGCUGUUCAUGCUUCUGGAGGGAGUGGAGGCGGUGCUCGAUUGUCGGGAAAGGGUGAUUUCACCUUUUCCCUUCCAGCAACAGGACAAUUUCUUAAACUGUUGGGUAAUGCCCGUGCUCACCUCGUGUCUUUGCUGUCCAAAUCGAAGUAUCGUGAAGCACCCGAAUCUCUUCUACGACAGCGGUGGGACGGUGGAAUCGAAAAAGACGAAGGAACCAGCGCGGCAAAGAGGCAUAGAGGAGAAUUCUCUGGCGUUCUUCCCGGCAAAACUAGGAAAUGGAAGCAAUUCUAUGGAAUCUCGUUUGAAUGGAUAUUGGCAGAGUGCGUCGGUGCAGGCUUGGUUGAAGUCUUCGAUACUAGGAGCAUUGGGAGGGGCGUACGCGCAUUAUAA